UUCUGUUCUUACUACCUACGCAGCGCAGGAAGUAAACAACGCUGGCACUCGGAGGAUUAUUUCAAAUUUUAAAUUGAUUGCCCAACAGUAAAACGUUUAACGAUGCUCGCCAUUCAAACGCCCACAACUUCCGCUGGAAUCCCGGACAAACUGUGGCAGCCCAACUUUGUCACAUUUGAAACAUCGAUGGGCGAAGUCUGUAUCGAGCUGUACUGGAAGCACGCUCCCAACACCUGUCGGAACUUUGCGGAGCUCGCCCGGCGAGGUUACUACAAUGGGACCAUAUUUCAUCGGAUCAUUCGAGACUUCAUGAUUCAGGGUGGGGAUCCCACGGGAACCGGUCGAGGCGGGCAAUCCAUCUAUGGGCCAUCGUUUGCCGAUGAGAUAAGCGCCGAUCUAAAGCAUACCGGUGCCGGAAUACUUUCGAUGGCCAAUUCCGGACCGGACACGAAUGGGUCCCAGUUUUUCAUCACCUUGGCGCCGACCCAGUGGCUUGAUGGGAAACACACGAUUUUCGGGCGCAUUUACUCGGGAAUGCAAACGGUCAAGCGCAUCGGGCUGGUGGAGACGGAUAAGAACGAUCGUCCCGUGGAACAGGUGAAGAUUUUGAAGGGAAAGGUAGAGAAAUACUAAUAGAUUAAUUUUGACGAA